UCAUUUUGUAUCCUCCAAAGAAAUGGCAUGAAUGAUUGAUGAGUUCCUGGCGGCUCUUCUCUCCGUCCGUUGCCGGUGUUUUUCGUGAUCCGAGUCGUGGUGCCACACAUUUCAGGGACUCGGCGGGGGUGACGUUUCGUUUUUGCAGCGUCCUAGCCUUCCACACAUACACACCUUGAAGCGUCUUUGCCGACCCUGGUCAGGACGUGCUGGGUGCUUUAUGUACAAGAGGAGACGCACAGAGACCAUUGAGCUAAGAGGCCCUCGCUCGCCUCGACUAAGGUUGGAGCUGGAGAAGCGAAACAAGGCCGCUCUAAGUAAUAUGACCAACGACUACCUCAGCUAAGGACUUUGCAGGGCUUCCCUUUCGAAUAAGAUGAGCUUGAUCAUACGUAAUCUUCAGCAAACAAUAUCCAUCAGGAGGGUGCCACUUCGCAAGAAGACAGAACAAUUGCGUUGCAUUUUGGGAGUGCAGCAGUUUGAUCUUGGUCUUAUAUGUGUUAGUAACAGACACAUACAGUGGCUCAAUAAAACUUAUAAAGGGAAGAAUAUCCCUACUGAUGUCUUAGCUUUUCCUUUUCACGAGAAUUUGAAUAUAAAUGAACUGCCAUAUCCUUCUACUCGUGAUGAAUAUGACUUGGGAGACAUUUUUCUAGGUGUAGAAUAUAUCUAUCAGCAAUGUAAGGAGUACAAGGAAGAUUACAACAAUGUUCUUACUGUGACUGUUGCCCAUGGCAUGUGCCACUUGCUUGGAUAUAAACACAACACAGAAGCAGACUGGCUACAGAUGUAUGAAAAAGAAAUUCAAGUUCUUCAGGCACUAAACAAGUUGUCAGGAACAAACCUCCAACCACUGACCAAAAAUCACUUCUAGUGGUGCUAUCUGUAUGGUGCUUCAGAAAUAAAAGUAAUAAAUGCUGUAUUUUUUGUUUUA